GGUUUUUGUAAACAGCAGAUUUUAAUAUUGGAUAUUAAUUUUUUAUUUCAUUUUAAAUAUGUCUAACCGGAAUCCUAAUACUCUGAUGAGUAUUCCAGACGAGCAAUUUGAUUAUCUAUUUAAGAUUGUGUUAAUUGGUGAUUGUGGAACUGGGAAAACAUGCAUUGUGCAACGUUUGAAAUCAGGAAACUUCAUAGAAAGGCACGGGAAUACGAUAGGCGUAGAUUUUUCAAUGAAAACGCUCGUAGUGGAUGGGAAGAAAGUUAAGCUUCAAAUAUGGGAUACCGCUGGUCAGGAAAGAUUCAGAACCAUCACACAGAGUUACUAUCGUUCUGCAAAUGGAGUUAUUAUAGUUUACGAUAUAACAAAGAGAUCAACAUUCUUAUCUCUUCAAAAAUGGAUUGAAGAAGUCCGAAGGUAUACAUCAUCAAAUGUUAUUGUUUCCCUAAUAGGAAACAAGUGUGACUUGGUAGAACAACGUGAAGUGGAGCCAGAUGAACCGAAGUCUUUCUGUCGAUAUGUUCCUGAAAUCAUGUUUGUAAUGGAGACUUCUGCUAAAGACAACACUAAUGUGGAGGACACUUUCCGUAGCCUUGCCACUGAACUGAAGAGGCAGCAUGACAACAGUGAAGGUCCUCCGGCUGAAUCUGAUUCUGUUGUACUCGGGGAAAGUCAUUCUGUAAGUAGAUGCCAGCCAUGUCACUCGUCUUAGGCCAUUUCAUACAUAGCAC